GGUGUUCCAUUCCCCUCCCAAUCAUGUGAUUCAGGUGUUCCAAUCCCCUCAUAUCAUGUGAUUCAGGUGUUCCAAUCCCCUCCAUAUCGUGAUUCAGGUGUUCCAAUCCCCUCCAAAUCAUGUGAUUUAGGUGUUCCAAUCCCCUCCAUAUCAUGUGAUUCAGGUGUUCCAAUCCCCUCCCAAUCAUGUGAUUCAGGUGUUCCAAUCCCCCCCCAUAUCAUGUGAUUCAGGUGUUCCAAUCCCCUCCAUGUCAAUAGCUAAAGACCUCCAAACUUGGUGUGGCCUUCAGAUGAGCCCAACAACAGUGCAUAGAGAGCUUCAUGGAAUGGGUUUCCAUGGC